GUCACUGGUCCAUCACCGGCAGAAACUCGGUGUUCGCGCCACCACACUCCAGCAUGACGGACCAACCGGCACCGCAGCCUUCGGGGCCGGCUCGCUUCACGGCGCAGAACAAGUCGACCCACGAGCGACUCUCCACCAACACGGUCGGGCUGGUUGCCCUGUCCGAUUUCCGCAAGCGACGCGCCGAGGUCCUCGAGCAGCAGGAGCGCGAGGCGCGCGAGGCAGCCCUCGCCGCGCGCACCAGCGCCACUUCGACGCCCGACCGGUCGCUGACUGCAACGCCGAACAACGCGAGCGCCGACAGCAGCGAGGCGGAGAGGCAGAGGGCGAAGAAGAAGAAGAGGACGAAGGCUCUGGUGUCGUUUGGCGGUGACGAGGAAGAGGAGGAGGACAGCUCCGGGUCGCAGCUGACCGCUGCCCGCGGCCUGCAAAAGAAGGAGAAAGUGAAAGAGUCGGAUGACAAAGAUGACGGGGAAGCUAAUCGCGCGGGAGCAACGGGGACGGAGAGCUCCUCGGGCGAUGACAGGGAAAAACGGCCGGCCAAGGUGGCGGUGAAUACUUCAGUCGGCAUUGUGCCGCGGGCCUUGACGAAAGCGGCUCUGCGGCGCGAGGCUGCCGAGAGGGAGGCGCUGCGCAAAGAGUUCCUACUGCUCCAAGCGGCGGUCAAGGCAACCGAGAUUGCUAUCCCUUUCGUCUUCUACGACGGGACGAACAUCCCCGGCGGCGUCGUCAGAGUCAAGAAGGGCGAUUUCGUCUGGCUCUUCUUGGACAAGAGCCGGAAGGUGGGCGCCCAGCUUGGAGUCGGCGCAGACAAGAGCGCCAACGCCAGGCGGGACUGGGCCCGGGUCAGCGUGGACGACCUGUUGCUUGUCCGAGGCACCAUGAUUAUACCGCAUCACUACGAUUUCUACUUCUUCAUCAUCAACAAGACGGUGGGCCCAGGCAACAAGCGUCUCUUCGACUACAGCGCCGAGGCGCCGUCCACCGGCUCCGGACAUGCCGGCGCUGACGCGGCUGGCACCAUCAAUCGUGCCCCUCCUCCACUCUCCGAACUCGAAGGGGCCUCGGAUGACCCAACCUUCACCAAGGUUGUUGAUCGGCGGUGGUUCCAGCGCAACAAGCACAUCUAUCCGGCCAACGUCUGGCAGGAGUUUGAUCCCGAGAAGGAUUACUCGAAGGAGAUCCGGCGGGACCCCGGCGGAAAUGCCCUUUUCUUCUCGAAAUGAGGCGGCGGGUCGUGGCUAUCUUGACCGGAUCGGUUUCAUGGCCUUGCAAAGCAGGCAGGACGGUUGUCAACUGCCAGAUGCACCAGCCCAGGAAGGCCAGCAUGAGCCAGCCCGGCCAGAAGAUCAUCAGCAGCACGGCAUUGCCGCCGGGCCCCAGGAGCAGAACGAAGAGCUCGAACUCCAGCCUCUUGCGGAAGCGUCUCGACUGCCGGCAGUCCC